AUGACGACCAGAAGACUCACCUCUUUGUUACCACAUUUACGAUGCCAGCGACGAUCUCAAUUUCCAUACACCGGUACCCCCUCCUCCAAUUUACAAGCUCAUCGACUAGCAUCAACCAAAGCUGCAAACAUCUCGGAGACCGAACCUAGCUCGAAGUCACGGCCUCUCACCGAAGAGGAGCGAGAAUUUCUUCAGAGUGCUAUUCGUGUGAAUCAAGCCGGUGAACUAGGGGCCAAUCUCAUUUACGAAGGGCAAUAUGCAAUUCUAAAGCGUGACCCCCGCCUCAAACCUUUGAUCCGACAUAUGUGGGAUCAAGAAGUUCACCACCUCGAAACCUUUAACAAGCUUGUUGCCAAACACCGUAUCCGCCCCACUGCAUUACGCCCACUAUGGAAUGUAGCGGGAUAUGCUCUAGGGGUCGGAACGGCCCUUCUUGGCGAAAAGGCAGCAAUGGCAUGUACGGAGGCUAUAGAAACAGAGAUUGGAUGUCAUUACAACGACCAACUGAGGACACUAUUGGAUAUGCUCAAGGAUGAUAAGGAUUUGCUCCAAAAUGGUGAAUUGAAACAGCUCAUAGACACUAUCAGGGAGUUUCGAGACGAUGAGUUAGAGCACCUUGACACUGCUAUUGAGCACGACUCGAAGGGUGCUGAAGGCUACGACGUCCUUUUCAAUGUUAUCAGAGUUGGAUGUAAGGCUGCUAUAUGGCUCAGCCAAAGGGUUUGA